AUGGCAGCAGAUUUCGUGCGGUGGUGGACAGUGAGAUGGGGUUCUUGUGACGCUCGACUUUCUUCCUCUGCUACUCCCAUGGCCCCGCCAGUAACGAUAACCAGUGUAGAUGCUUCUUCUCCAGAAGCCUACGAGCUAGCGAAUGUACACGACGUCUACGACCAGAUCGCGCCUCAUUUCAGUUCAACCAGAUACAAGCCAUGGCCUAUCAUCGCGACCUUCUUGCAAAGUCUGCGACCUGAAUGGGUUGGUUUAGAUUUGGGCACCGGAAACGGGAAAUAUCUACCAUUUUGUCCUUGUGCAAUUGGGCUCGAUCGUAGUCGAAAUUUACUGGACAUCGCUCGGACAGCAGGUGGUAUGACGCGUGAAGUUGUUCAAGGAGAUGUGCUGGAGAAUUACUGGAGACCAGGCGUAUUUGACUAUGUUAUUUCCAUUGCAACUAUCCACCAUCUUGCAACCCCGGGGCGGAGGAAACGCGCCAUCCAGCAAAUGUUAUCAGCAGUCUCUCCAGAUCACGGUCGCGUGCUAAUUUAUGUUUGGGCGGUCCGCCAAGAUGAGCAGUCGAAACGCACUAUCCCGACAACAGACAGCUCGCAAGGGCAAGAUGUUUUUGUGCCAUGGGUUCUUUCAGACGAUCAGAAUCGAAUCUUCAAUCGGUAUUACCAUAUGUUUGCUGAUGGGGAGCUGGAAGAACUCGUCAUAACUGCGGCGGGAGAGAUUGGGCUAUACGUCGGUCAAGGUCGACAAGAGGGUAUCGAGAUCGUGCAGCAAGGUUGGGAGCGAAGUAACCACUAUGUUGAGUUGCGAAGGUACAGAGUUCAAGGUUAG